CUUCUCCUAAAUGGCCUCAGUCAUCAAACGUGCCGAUCCACCUUUGGUUUCUGAGUUUACCCGAUUUCCUGGUAACUGCUGCAGUUAGAAACCUGAAACUCAACCUGACAAACUCACCACUGUACCACUUCCUUCCCCAUAGCUCUCAUCUCGUAAAAUCCCCUCAUAACCCCAUCAAAGCCCAAUCUUUUCUUCGAUCCUUUAAUCCCCACCAUACACAAAAUCACAGCAAUCUUUCAGUUUUUUGGCUUAGGAAGGGAGAUGGAGAGCAGCAGCAGAGUUGGGGUGAAAAGGAACAGAAAUGACUACAGCAAUACCACCGCCACCACCACCAGUGCUUCAACUUACCUGAUAGAGGAUACCGAGACGCAGUGGACAUCGUGGUUGGUACCUAUGUUCGUGGUGGCUAAUAUCGCGCUUUUCAUCGUUGUUAUGUAUCUCAACGAUUGCCCCAACCGCAAGCACACCAGGCUUGUCGGAAAGUGUGUGGCCACCUUUCUUGGUCGCUUUUCUUUUGAGCCUGUCAAAGAGAAUCCUCUCUUUGGUCCCUCUUCUUCUACAUUGAAGAAGUUGGGAGCUCUUGAGUGGAACAAAGUUGUGGUUGACCAUCAAGGAUGGAGGCUCAUUACUUGCAUUUGGCUGCAUGCUGGUGUCAUUCAUCUUCUUGUAAACAUGCUGAGCCUGGUUUUCAUUGGCAUUCGCCUUGAACAACAGUUUGGGUUUGUGAGGAUUGGAAUUCUUUAUCUCUUGUCCGGAUUUGGUGGAAGUAUACUCUCCUCUUUAUUUAUCCAAAACAACAUCUCCGUCGGUGCAUCCGGUGCUUUUUUCGGACUUCUCGGCGCAAUGCUCUCGGAACUUGUUACAAAUUGGACCGUAUACACAAACAAGGCAAUGGCUCUGCUUACUCUUAUGGUCAUCGUAGUCAUUAACCUUGCAAUAGGGAUUUUGCCACAUGUUGAUAAUUUCGCUCACAUCGGUGGAUUUUUAACUGGUUUCCUCCUCGGCUUCAUUCUUCUACCUCGUCCUCAGUUCGGGUGGUUAGAGCGGCAGAAUCUUCCGUCCGGUGCUCGACCAAAAUAUAAGUACAAGCCUUAUCAGUACGUCCUUUGGGUGGUUUCAGUGGUGCUGUUGGUUUCAGGAUUCAGUGUUGCAUUGGUGAUGCUGUUUAGAGGAGAAAAUGGAAACGACCAUUGCCAUUGGUGUCAUUACUUGAGCUGUGUUCCGACCUCGAGAUGGGAUUGCAAUGAAAACUAGCAGCAUAGCUUUCAUUUUUGUGUGUGUGUGUUUUUUUUUCUUCACACAUAAUUUGUAAAUGCGUAAACCAGAGUGGUGUGUUUUCCUGUUCUUGCUUUCUUUACGUAUGGAAUGACUGAAAUUGUUAUUGAUUUUACAUCUCA